CUUUGUUUGGCAGGAUUAUGAAAUACCUGUGCGAAAAAUAAUUAGUUUACUAGUCCUUUUUUGGAAUUUUUAACAGUGGAUGAUUUGUUUAUGUGCUUAACAGUGAACUAUAAAGCGCGCACUGUUGCGUGUUUUAUAACAUAAUUCAGCUUAAAUACGCUAAAGUAAUUUUAAAUUUGGAUUGCUUGAAACUGAUAUGUACAUAUAUGAAAUAUUAUACAAAAAUUUUUGAAAUAUUUACCAACUCAAAAUUUUUAAUAUUUCAAAUAUUCUAUAUCUAUUUGCUAUGCCUUGACUGUACAAAAUUAGCUGCAAAUAUUACCAAAUCACUGUAAAUCGCAUUUUCACGCUUUAAUUCGCUACAAAUUCAUGCGCAGUCGCAUAAGCGUUUCUUGUAAAAUAUUUAAAAAACAAAAAAUGUCAUAAAAAAUGGCACUUUGAGGCAAAAAUCAAAAAUUAAAUUCGCAAUGCAAUAAAUAGCAUGCAAAAAACAGUAAAUUUGGGCACAAUCGCAAAAACACUUAUUCUGAAUUCAUUCUUACUUAAAAAACGGCAAACCACCCGCUGUGCCAUGCAUGUACAGCGCAUGCGCGUCAAGGUUACGUCUACGGUCUAGCAAAGAGACAAAGGAACCAAGCGUGCGAAAUCGCUAAAAAAAGGUUUCGUCAACUUUGAUGACAGCAAAUGUUAAAAUCAUUAAAAUAAAUGUAUCAAAUAAAAACUUAAGUAAAUCAAAAAUGUUAAAAAGUUCAAAGAAAAAAGUUACAACAGCCGUGUUGAGCAGAAUUUUGAGAAAGAUGUUAAAUCAAAACGCAUAUCACACAAUAACUAGUUUUUUACACUCAGCACAUAUUCUUUACAUUAUAUAACGUCCUUAGAAGCCGUAACAAAUUUAACGCCGCUGACAUUAACAGCGACAUAACAGAGAGACCACAAUGGCGUUAGCAUUAAUACACACAUAGCAAGGUUACCUUUAACAGCGACUUAACAGUGCAACAACAACAACGCUGUCUGUUAACAGAUCCUUAAAAGUAAAAAGUUAACAGAGCGUUCGCCCUGACUAGCUGAUAUAACAGCCUAACAUACGGUCACCAAACGCGCCAGGUUCUUCAAAGAUCUAACAUUACCUGCCAUCGUGACGUUUUAGUAGAAUAUUAUUAUGCGUUUUUUUCCUGCUGCUUCACCUUACAAAGUUGCUAUUGUAUAUGCAGGCAGGACGUUGCGCAGGUAUUGCUAAGGUCAUUGUACAAGGCAAUAAACACUUAGAUCAGCCAAUGUUGUGAGUGUAAUUUGCACAGCAACGCCUCCUCUUGUAGGUUUUAUACUCCUUUUUGACAUUUCGACUAUAAAAAAACAGACGAGUUAAGCCAACAGCACAUUUACACAGCCAUCGCGAAGCGAAGAGGUUCAAGCAAGAGCCAAAAGUGCAUUAAAAAUUGUUAAAACCAAAUACUAAAAUAAGCACAAGAAGUUGCAAAUUUAAAUAACAGUGUUAAUAGAAAAAGUGAAACAGAACAAAAAUGACCGAAAUGAUGGAUGUGUGCGUGCCCGAAGUUGGGCUUAAUAUGAUGAAUCAAACAUGCAAAGUAUGCGGUGAGCCAGCCGCCGGUUUCCACUUCGGAGCUUUCACAUGCGAGGGCUGCAAGUCCUUCUUUGGUCGCUCGUACAACAAUCUCUCGUCCAUAAGCGAAUGCAAGAAUAACGGUAAGUGCGUGAUCGAUAAGAAGAAUCGCACUACCUGCAAAGCGUGUCGCCUACGCAAAUGCUACACCGUUGGCAUGUCCAAGGGCGGCUCACGUUAUGGCCGCCGUUCCAACUGGUUCAAAAUACACUGUCUGCUGCAGGAACAGCAACAGCAAGCUAUGGAUAUCGCCAACAAAGCUGCAGCUGCCGGCGGUAAUGUCGCCGCUGCACCCAACGCCGCUGGAUUCGGUGAUAUGGCCGCCGCUGCGGCUGCUGCCGCCAAACAACACAUGCAAUCAUUGAAUCCACACAUGGCCACCGCUGGCGGUUUGCUCGGCUAUCCAGGCUACCAAUUUCCUGAUAUGAUGGCACAGGCUGCGCCUUUCAUGUCUGCUGCGGCACGUCAUCCCGCCACCGAUGCCACAUUCUUCAACAUGAUGAAUUCACUGCCGAAUAUGGGCGCAGCACAGUCUGCCUUUCAGCUGCCGCCACAUUUGUUAUUCCCCGCCGCCGCUGCUGCGGCCGCUUAUCAUCCAAAUGCCGCCGCUGCUGCUGCAGCAGCUGCUGACGCUGCCUACCGCACCGAAAUGUAUAAACAUCGUCAGUCUGUGGAUUCGGCGGCCUCUGGUGAUUCGGCACAACGCUUUUCGCCACAAAUUGCUGCUGCCGCUGCGGCUGCUACCGUGGAACAACAAAUGCGUGAACAGCAGGAAGCGACACGUCACUCACCGGAACUGUGUGUUUCGGGCGGCGAUGAAGAUGAGGAUGAUGAAUUGGAUGUGCAUUCACCGUCACCUGGUAUUGUGGGCGCACAAGCGCAACAGCAAAUCUACCAACAAAUGCAAGAACAACAACAGCAACACCAAAUUCACAGCCCGGUGGCGAUACGCGCAUCACCGCUCAGCAGCGCACCACUGUGCGUGCCCGUGCCGACCUCUGCGCUCACACCUAACUCCGUGAAUUCGCCAGCACACCAACCCAGCUCACCAGCGCCAACAGUCACCGAGACUGCUGCGCUCUCGUUCGCCGCCAAAAUGCAAUCACUCUCACCUGUCUCCGUGUGCUCAAUUGGCGCAGAGAGCACACAGCAGCAGCACAGCGUUAUGGACGCGCAGGAUGGCCCCAUGGACCUUAGCAUGAAGCCAGUCAGCUCCGCAUCACGUGCGUCGACGCGGCUUAGCGGCGAUUGUGACAUGAACUGCGAGUUGAGUGAGGAGGAGGCAGCAAUGUUGGAUGCACGUCGCAAGUACUUUCAUUACAACAGCGAUCACAGUGAGUCCGAUACUUCGUCAGAUGGUAGCAGCGCCGUCGCGAUCGCCAACAAGCGUCAGAAGAUGAUCGAUGAGGGCUACAAUUCUGCGGGCUACGCAUCAUCGCAUGGUUCAACAGUGUCAACGUCGUCCGCGACCAGUAUGCAUGGGAUAUUUGUAUGCGUUUAAAUUGUACACAUACAUAUAUACGCAUGCACAUUCACACCUGCUUGGCGCCGGCGCUGCGCGGUGAAAAAUAGUGUCGCUGUGGGCGGAGCUCACUCAUAAGCGCGCGAGUGCUCUGAGCCACGCUUAUUCAGCCGUCGCCAAUAAAGCUGUCAUUUGUUGCUGUUGUUGUCAAAGUGGUUUUGUGGUCUUUGAUCGGCGUAACUGUUGCAAGAAAUGCAAAUCAGCGCAUACCAACGCACACGUACACGUUGUUGUUUAGAGGCCGCUCUGCUCUCCAAAGCUUCGAGCGAGUUUGUACGCCUACACACAUGUUGCUGGAGAACGCGCUAGCCUAACGGUUAUAGUUGCUUGCCGUAUUAGAUGGCGAUCUCGCAAACGCACACACACCUUAUAUCUAUAUCUCGCUCUCUUACACUCUCUCUUUUUGUAAACGCGCUAAGCAAGCUUUUGCAUAUGUGUUGAAACGGGAUAGCAACACAACGUCAGCAAUUGGUGUGGAACAUAGCAGCAAUUGGUGUGCUCAAUAUACACACACGCAUGUACAUGUGUGUGUAAAUCAGAUCCAAAUAUUUAAAUAUAAUUGAUAUCAAUCGCAAUUUAGUCGCAUUUAGUCGCUUUUAAUUUAAUUAAUGCAAAUUUUAAAUGAAGACAUUCCAGCUAGUUAUGUAAAUGUUUAGUUUAAUGCCAGCAAAGCAAUAGCAAAAAGCUGCAAUUAUCAUAAUAAUUAAUUUAAGUAAGUAUACUUAAGCAAUUUCUGUAAAUAAUUACCUUUUAAGUUGAGCAGUUCUAUUUUAUCUUACUGAUUUGCUAUAUAUGUUUAUAUAUGUAUUUUUGCACAUAUUGUAUUUAUUUGCACAUUGGCACAAAAAUUGUAAAUAUUUAUAUUUUAAGUGAUUUUUUUGUUAUAAGCUAAAAUUAUUGCAAUUAAACAAAACCAAAAUUUUUACAAAACAUAAAAGUUCAUAGUCUCUCUUGAAUGUUAGUCCCUCAGCCUGCUAGUUAGUUCUGUAUAUGUUUGUUUAGAGCUAGGUCAAAUCAAAGUAAUUUAUAUAAAAAAAAA